AUGUCGUUUCUCAAGGCGUGGGCCGUGCUGGUCCUGCUCAGUGCUGUUUCCUGCACUUCUGCUCAGUCCUAUGACUACAUCAUCGUUGGCGGUGGCACUGCAGGUUCCGCUCUGGCGACUCGCCUGAGUCUUGGCUUGCCCGAUGCCCAGAUCUUGCUUCUCGAGGCUGGCCCAUCUGCCCUGGACGAGCUCCGUAUCAACGUACCUGGUCUGAGAGGCUCGAUCUUGGGGACGGAAUAUGACUGGAACUUCACAUCAGUCGACCAGAGUGCUCUCGGUGGUCGCCAGAUCCCCGUCAACCGCGGCAAGGUUCUGGGUGGCUCGUCAGCCAUGAACUACCUUUGCUAUGACCGUGCCGCUGCCGCCGAGUACGAGGCCUGGGGUGAGAUGGGCAGCGAAGGUUGGUCGUGGGAUGUUAUGAUUGAAGCCAUGACCAAGUCGGAGAACUUCACUGGCUCCGACAAGGACCCUCGUGGUCGCUCCGGCCCCAUCCGUAACACCUACAACCGUGUAGUCUACGACGUCCUCAACACAUGGCAACCAGCCGGAACGGAGCUCGGUCUUCCCAUCAACGAGGAAGGAAACAUGCAUGGCAACCCCAUUGGCAUCAUGUUCCAGGGCACAAACAUCGACAACACCGACUACUCUCGGUCUUACAGUGCCAAUAGUUAUCUUCCACUUGCAGGGUCGAACCUCGAGGUGAAGACCAAUGCCCAGGUCGUCAAGGUCAAUCUCAACAAGACUUGCGACGACGAUUACGCUGCCACCGGUGUGACCCUCGCCGAUGGGACGGUCUUCAACGCUGCCAAGGAGGUUAUCCUGUCUGCUGGUUCUAUCCAGAGCCCUGGUCUGCUUGAGUUAUCUGGUAUCGGCCAGGCAGCAGUGAUUGAAGCGGCCGGUGUUGACCCGCUUAUCGACCUGCCCGGCGUCGGCGAGAACUAUCAAGACCACAUCCGCACUUCCAACGUAUAUCGGCUGAAGGACGAGUUUGACUCUUUCGAUGCGCUCAUCUUUGACUCUAACGGUGCCAACGCCACCGCUGAGCUGCAAAAGUGGAUCGACGGCGAGGUGUCUCUCUACGACUAUACAACCGCGGCUUAUGGGUUCCUGCACUGGGGUCAGAUCGAUAGCCAGGCUCAAGCCGAGAUCCUCGCGCUAGCAGAGGCGGAGUUCGGCAACAGCACCAACCCCAUCGACAAGAAGAAGCUCGAGUUCCUGAGAGACGACUCCGUCCCAGACUAUGAGCUCAUCUUUGACGCAAACUACGUCGGUGCGGCUGGGUACCCUGGCUCCGGCAAGUUCAUCACUAUCUUCAGCACUGUCAUGCACGCCCUCAGCCGGGGUAACGUGCACAUUGAUCCCGCGAAUCCUACUGGAAAGCCCAUCAUUGACCUUAAGUUCCUGAGCAACGAGCAUGACAUCAAGGCCGCCGUCGAAGGCGCCAAGUUCGCGCGCAAGAUUGCCGAGACGGGACCACUCAAGGCCGUCUGGGAUGUUGAGACAGAGCCUGGCCCGGAUGUUCUGACUGACGAUCACUUUCGCGAGUUCGCUGUCAAAACGGUUACGAGUUUCUAUCAUCCGGUUGGAACCUGCUCUCUUCUCCCCAAGGCUGAGGGUGGUGUUGUAGACGCUGAUCUGCGGGUUUACGGUACUCAGAACUUGCGAGUAGUCGACAACAGUAUUGUUCCCAUCAUUGUAUCUGGUCACAUCCAGACAGCUGCGUACGGUGUUGCCGAGGUAGCGGCUACGAAGAUUAUUGCGAGUGCUAAAUGAUGGGAUUAGUUCAUUCCGGGAUUUUGGGCAGCUUCUCAUCAUUGCCCGAAAGGAAAUUCAUCACGUUAUCAACUUGGGCCGCGCGCAGAAAGCACGCGAACCUGAAAGCCCGAGGCUAAAGGAACAACACAACGAGUAGUAAAACUUUUGCCCGCAGACCCAGAGGCCGUCUCAGUUGUUAUCGCCCAUGGGACUCAAAGAUAGAUAUAAAGAUAGCAUUAUGAACUGAAUGCUGAUUGCAUGAUGAAUCGCGGAAGAUGG